UAUUCUUCAAUCUUCUCCCACUCCCUUAUCAACCCAUUUACUACAAAAUCCUAUCCCCUCAGAUGGACAAAUCCCAUGUACACCAACAUCACCAGUCUUAUUUACAUCUACAUGUAAGUUAACUUCCCCAACAGUACCUAGCCUUUCUACACCAAAAGUCCCCCAAAAGUCAGAAGCAGAUAAAAAGCGGAAAGCCAGCAGUUCUCCAAGGGAAUUUAAGGCCACUCCAAAGAGAAACGCUGUAAAAAAACAUCAAAAAAUCAAUGAACAUGAAAAUCAAUCUAGUGAUAGUGAAAACUAUCACACUGAUGAUGAUAACGAUGAUGAUAAUGUAAUGGCUGUUGGUUGCAACACAUUGCAUCAUAGUGAUAAAUUAUAA